CUCCUAUGUGGACGUUUACAUCAAAACCAAAGUUCUCGGUUCCCUUUCAUUUGGUGCGUGGCAAUUUGAGAAGGUGUAAGCAUUGCGAUGCAAUUGUUUGAUAACAAUGAUGAUGAAUGCGCCUGGUAUUUCUUUGACAGUUCAUACAAGACUCUUCUGGGAGCCUGUCUCAUUAUUUUUGGUGUAUUCGGGGUGCUGCUUAACGCCUGGCUUUACGUGACAUUCAUCCACAGUCACCUAGUGGCGUUUAAGAGUCACGUUCUGGUACUCAAUCUUUGCUCAGCGUCGCUUGGCAGGAAUUUACUCGGAUUCCCAUUUGCAGGGUCAUCUGCUUUAGCGAAGAGAUGGUUAUUUGGGCCAGCAUGUUGCCAACUUUUUGCUUUCCUAAAUCAAUUCUUUGGAGUUUUUCAAAUGAUUGCUUUAUUUGCAUUGGUACUAGAAAGAUAUUUACUAGCAAAACACUAUAAACGAGAAAAAACUAUAUACUUUAGGUACUAUUGGACGUUGAUUGGCGUAUGUUGGACGGUGGCGGUGGUAUUUGCGACUCCACCACUAUUCGGCUACGGAGCGUACUCUUGUGACGUCACCGCCACUGUUUGUACCUUUGUGUGGCCGUCGCUCAAGUCUGGUGCAAGGGAAUUGGGUUUCAGUGUACCCUACGUCAUCAUCUGUGGUGUAUUACCAAUUGUUGGGAUAUUUUUCUUUAUGGGAAAAGCAAUUCGUCUGGAGACGAUAUAUUACCGAAGCGAACGACAAAAGGAAGAAAAACGUUUGACAAAGUGCGUGCACGCCCUGUGUGUGACAACCUUGGCGCUGUGGAUCCCGGCGGCGCUGCUGGCAGGCUGGCAGUGGUUCCCACUGCUGCUGUUCGGGUAUCGACCCCACGUGCCACAGGUGCUGGCUCUCUUCGCACCUAUAGCUGCUGAGGCAGCGACAAGUGUUCCAGUGUUAUAUUAUCUCAGCGCUGACGAGAGGAUACGAGCGGCAUUGAUGGGCCGAAUGAAAAAGAACUACGCACUCCUAGAUCCUGAGCAAGCAAGGUUAUACAGAAGAAGUCCAUAUUAAAACUAACCAAGUAUACAGAAACAGGAAGUAUCUGAACAGCCUGUAAGAGGCGACAGUCAAAUACGAGUACUAAUAGUCGGCUGGUCAGGAAAAUGAAGUUCUUGUCGACUCAGAAAGACAGUGUUAUAUAAAAGUUACGAGCGUGAAUUUAACGUUCUUAAGAAAUGCGACAGUAUAAUAUUAAGUUUUUACGUUUAAGUUAAAUAAAUUAAAAGAUAUUUUGUGA